AUUAUCGUGUUUAUUUAAUAAAAAUUAAAAUCUGAUAUAUAAUAUGUCAUAAUGGCAGAUCCCGAAGGAUGGUCGUCAACACAGGACAAUGACUUUUCUACUUUUCAGUCAAAUGACAGCUUUAAUUUGAAUGAAGUAACUGGUAUUGAUGAUCUGCUUACAAACUGUGAGAGUGAACUAUUGAAAAAUGAAAACUUGUUCAGUGAUGAUGCAUUACUAUCACAAUUGGAAGAGCCCUUGGGCAUGGACACGGAAGAAUUAGAUUUCUUAAAUUUUAAUAGCAGUGAAGAAUUUAAAGAGUUUCAAGAUUUUAAAGAUCCGAAUAUCAUUAAAUCUUUAUCAAAUGGAAAUUUAAUGUUAACACCAACAGUAACAGAGAAUACACAACAAAUCCCUUGUAUAACUCAACAACAGCCGCAACAGCAACAGAAACAACAACAGCAACCGCAGCUACAAGAUAUAUCCACUGUACAAAGUAGACCACAAAGAAUCUCUGUUACACCAGCACCCACAGUAUUUAGUUCGCAAUAUGCUAUUCCACAAAAUGUAAACUUCAGUGUUCAAUCACCUGUUGUAACGAUAGCUCCAGUUACGCAACAGAGGCAGUUACUUCUACCAGCUAAACUCAUAAAAUCAGAAUCAGUUGUUUAUUCGAGAGGAGCCCAAGCUGUGACUUCAACAUCUGUACCGCAUCAAAUACAUACUUUAGUAAAUACUGCUAAUGGAGCAGUUCUAACUGCUGGUAUCCCUGUUGUGCUGGACACUGACAAGGUACAGAUUAAUCGUCUGAAUACAAAUCCACACGUGGGUGUACCACGUGUGAAGGAAGUAAAACGUAGUGCGCAUAAUGCCAUUGAACGACGUUACAGAACAUCGAUCAAUGAUAAAAUUAUCGAGUUAAAAAAUAUUAUUGUUGGAAUAGAUGCUAAGUUGAAUAAGUCUGCUAUCUUAAGGAAAACCAUUGACUAUAUAAGAUUUCUUCAGAAUUCUAACGCGAAAUUGAAAGCAGAAAAUAUGGCCUUAAAAAUGGCUGCACAGAGACAGAAUUUGCGCGACUUGUUAGUAUGUGGUGAAUUAACCCCACCCAGGUCAGACUCGAGCGAACCGUCUUUGUCUCCUGCGCCAGCAGCACCAUUAUCUCCACCAUCUCCAUCGUCUAUAAAAGAUGAUCCAGAUGUGUUGCAAAACAUUCAUUCAACGCCUACUCUCACAAAUACGGGAAUAAGGGAUCAUACCAGACUUACGCUUUGUGGAUUCAUGUUUCUCUUUUUGGCGUUCAAUCCUCUGGGUUUCCUUGUCAAUAAUGUUGGAAGAUUAAAGUCCGAUUAUAUGAAUACUAAACUGGACGGUCGCACAAUUCUUAAUUAUCAUGAUCAAUCGGAAGCUGAAAAUCUAAUUUGGAGUAAUGUAUUUUUGUGGUUAACAAAUAUUAUACUUUUAAUCGGUGGAGUUUGUAGAUUAUUACUUUAUGGUGACCCAAUAUUACCGCCUGACAGCAAAGUGUUUCUCGAGCUUCAUCGGUGGAGAAGACAAGCGGAAUUCAAUAUAACGAAAAAUGAAUGUAGUCAAGCGUGUCGUGAUUUACAUCAGUGUUUACAUUACUUUGGUCGUCCGUAUCCAGCAUCGCGUACAGAAGCUUGGCUCGCCACAACUUGGCAAAUUAUAAGACAACUUCUGCACAAGCUGUGGAUUGGAAAAUGGAUUUUGUACACUCACAAAUGGUUCUCCGAAAAAACGACACGAGAGCAAGCGGAAAUGUCUGCCAUGGAAAUAGCCAUUAUUUAUCAACAUAUGCUUUGUUUACGUCUAACAGAAGGAUCGAAGAAUGGAACACUGUAUCUUGCCCUGUCUGCAGUAAAUUAUGCUGAAGCUGCUGGUGAAACUAUGCCAAAAUCAUUGUUAGCUGAGAUAUAUAUCAAUGCUGCCCUUUGUUUCAAACAAUCACUCUUCCCAUUUAUUCACAAGUACUACUUGGGUAAAGCACGUACGUUACUGUCGUCGUGUGCUGUUCCAUCAAAGUUAAAAUGGAUUACGAGCGAAGAAGGGGCAAAAUUUUUGGCGUCCCAGAAAUGGCAGUAUGGAGAACAGCCGGACAAUGAAUUUACAUCUCAAAGUAGCAAGGCUGAUCCUCUAUCGUAUGCAUCCCGGGCAUACAGAGAUUAUUUAAUUGGACACUGCUUACGUAUUUUAACUGGUACUACAGGAGAUGCUCAUUUGUCUUCCAUUUUGGAACAUGGACAAAAUAUCAUGGCCUCUGCUGGUGUUGAUGUUGGUUUCUUAUGCACUGAUAAAGUUACCGUAACACAUUGUGAGGAUGAAAUUGGAUUAUGGUGGGGAGCAGUUCUUUAUGUAGCAGCAUGUUGGAGACUAAGAGAAGAUGAUUCGCAAGCUUGGAACAUCAUUGAGAGUAAAUUUCCAUAUGAAAAGAAUUAUCAUCUGUGUCAUAACAGUAGCGUCAGUCCAUUACCAUACAUUGUACUGAAUACUUUGCAAGCAGCGAAAGCUACAUCUAAAUCAGCUUCUAUGCGUUUCAUUGAUCAAGCAGGCAUAUUACUCGAACAAUGCCUCGUUUAUUAUAAUUGCAAACAACAGUCGUCACAGAACGUUUUGCUCACUCAAUUAUGGAUUUGCGAUUGGUUACUUGAAAUGCGUACUACGCUUUGGCAAGAAUUAGACAAUGAUUCAAAAAGAUCAAACAUAAACGUCUCUCUGGGAGGUUUCCAGCGUGAUUUAGCUUGCUUGAGGCAACUGUGUCAACAUAUUCCAUCUACGUUGUCACGAGUGUUCCUUUAUGAAGCUACAGCGCGUAUAAUGGCUGGAGCGACACCAGUGAAAACUCAAGUACUAUUAGACCGCAGCUUGCAUCAUAGAAAUUCUCGUUCUUCGAUUAUUUGUGGAAAAGAUCGAUCGCAGGAUCAGUAUACUGGAGAAAGGGAACAUGCAGUAGCUUUGUGCUUAGCAUGCCGACAUUUACCUGCACUGCUAUUAGCUUCCCCUGGAGAACGUGCAGGUAUGCUUGCAGAAGCUGCGAAAACUCUUGAAAGAGUAGGUGAUAGAAAAAGACUUCAAGAAUGUUAUAAAUUGAUGCGACAAUUGGGGCCUGCUAUUUCCGUAACUUGAUAAGUUAAAUGAAAAUGUAUCACAGUUAUUUAGUAAUACAGCAUACUUUAUAAGUCUUUUUUGUAUAUACAUAUAUAUUUAAAUAC